CUCCUCUCCUUUCAAACUCAAUUCCCCUUCUCUCCUCUCCUCUCCUCUCUUCUCCUCCUCCGCUCUGUGCCACUAACUAAGGUACACAUACGUACACUACCCCUUCCGCCAUUGUUCCUUCCAAUUCUUUGCUUUUCAUUUUCUGUAGCGAUUACUCAUCUUGUUUUCUCUGGCUCUGCAUUUUGAAAUUUUGAGUGUCGGCAGCGUAAUAGAACCGAUACUUUUUCUCACAAUAUAACUCUAGCAGUUUAUUUUCCGAAGAAAUGAGAAAAUUAGAAAACCCAUUAUUCUCCACCUAAACUUUUUUCCAUUUUUUUGUAAUUAGUCAAGUUUCUGGAACUCAGGCUUUUUUUUUUCUUUCUUUUUUUUUCUUAUUAAUUAAGCAAAGGACUUCCGGAAUUCCCUCCGGUUUUUUCCUAGAAAAUUCUAUUCAAUUUUCCCGGAAUUCACCUUCACUUUCUUAGAAAAUAUAGCUCAGAAUUCAUUCACUCACACAAGUUUGUGUAGUCACAAUAAUGGGACCGAACUUCGCCGACGACUUAGACUGCUGCGGUUUCUUCGACCAAAUCGAUGACCUGCUCGACUUCCCCAACGAGGACGUCGUCGAUGCCGGCUUUGCCGCUGCUGAUUGCGCCGCCUUUCCGAGCAUUUGGACCGAUCAGUCCGAGUCGCUUCCCGGUUCUGAUUCCGUCUUCUCCAAUAAUAGCAACUCAGACCUCUCCGCUGAAAUCUCCGUUCCGUAUGAAGAAAUUGUUCAUCUGGAAUGGCUAUCGAAUUUUGUUGAUGAUUCCUUCUCUGGAGGAAGCUUGACGAUUAACAAUAAGGAGGAUUCAUCCCACCACCGGUUCCAGAGUUCCAGUCCAGUUUCGGUCCUUGAAAGCAGCAGCUCCUGCUUGGUGGAGAAGACAGAAAUCGAAACCGCCCCUCGCAGCCCGGAAACAGUUGCUGCCGGAAAACGUGGACGUGCUCGUAGCAAGCGUCCCCGUCCGGCGACUUUUAAUCCUCGCCCAAGUCAACUUAUCUCCUCCAGUUCCUCAGUGAAUGAGAAUGACCCUGCCGCCGCCCAACAGUUGCUUCCCCCUAAGGUUCCAUCUGAUUCUGAGAAUUAUGCAGAGUCUCGACUUCUGAUCAAAAUUCCAAGGCAAUUUAAUCUGGAACAUAAGAAGAAGAAGAAAAUGAAGAUGACUAAUCCAUCUGCUUCCACUUCUGUGGAUGCUAACCAGAAUCCACCGGCUCAAGCUGUUAGGAAAUGUAUGCAUUGUGAGAUAACAAAGACACCUCAAUGGAGGGCAGGUCCAAUGGGGCCAAAAACCCUUUGCAAUGCUUGUGGAGUGCGGCACAAGUCCGGCAGACUCUUCCCGGAGUACCGACCUGCUGCAAGUCCAACUUUUAUUCCAUCCAUUCACUCCAAUUCCCACAAGAAGGUGCUCGAGAUGAGGAGCAAAAUUUGCACCUCAUCUGCAAUGGUGGACAACCCUCCCGAGUUGAUCCCAAAUAAAAGCAAUCCCGCUUUGGACUACAUCUGAGGAGAGAACACUCAAAUCCCAUUUGGCGUCUCUGUUUCCCUCACCUUUUUUUUCCUUAAUUAUCAUAUUUCUUUGUUCAUUGGUUUUUUGUACAGGGUUGAAAUGAGGGAAGAAUAGGAUGAAUUAGAUUGAGCAGCAUUUUAGCUAUAUGGUAGAGAGGGAAAAGAGAAUUGAGAAAAAAAUGAAAAAUGGGUAGAGAAAUUUGAAGGGUAGCAAAGAUUGUAGGCUUUAGAAAUGGAGUAGGGUCCUUUAAGGUUAUUAGUUUGUGUUGUCUUCCUUUUUGUAUUCUUUCUUUGUGUUUCCUUCACAUGGAAAUUCUUUUUGCAGUUCAUUUGUUAGUAGACAUUCUAAAAUUAAGCAAUGAAAUUUGACAAACUUC